AUGGGAUCAGCAGAGAAGUACAGAUGGAUCUUUAAAGCCGCCCGCACCCAUAGCGACCUGCAGCACCGCAUUGAGAGCAGAUUUGUAGGUAGCAAUGUUGUUUUGCGGGUGUUUGGGGCCAGAGCCUUGCAGUGCUUCACAAACAAUAACCAUGACUAUAAAGGUAAGAGGUUUAAACUGUUGGAACUCUCCCCCACCGUGCCUUACCUCUCCCCCACCGUGCCUUACCUCUCCCCCACCGUGCCUUACCUCUCCCCCACCGUGCCUUACCUCUCCCCCACCGUGCCUUACCUCUCCCCCACCGUGCCUUACCUCUCCCCCACCGUGCCUUACCUCUCCCCCACCGUGCCUUACCUCUCCCCCACCGUGCCUUACCUCUCCCCCACCGUGCCUUACCUCUUCCCCACCGUGGCUUACCUCUCCUCCACCGUGCCUUACCUCUCCCCCACCGUGCCUUACCUCUCCCCCACCGUGCCUUACCUCUCCCCCACCGUGCCUUACCUCUCCCCCACCGUGCCUUACCUCUCCCCCACCGUGCCUUACCUCUCCCCCACCGUGCCUUACCUCUCCCCCACCGUGCCUUACCUCUCCCCCACCGUGCCUUACCUCUCCCCCACCGUGCCUUACCUCUCCCCCACCGUGCCUUACCUCUCCCCCACCGUGCCUUACCUCUCCCCCACCGUACCUUACCUUUCCCCCACCGUGCCUUACCUCUCCCCCACCGAGCCUUACCUCUCCCCCACCGUGCCUUACCUCUCCCCCACCGUGCCUUACCUCUCCCCCACCGUGCCUUACCUCUCCCCCACCGUGCCUUACCUCUCCCCCACCGUGCCUUACCUCUCCCCCACCGUGCCUUACCUCUCCCCCACCGUGCCUUACCUCUCCCCCACCGUGCCUUACCUCUCCCCCACCGUAAGAGGUGGGGGAGAGGUAAGCCUCCAUCAGGGCCUCCACCUGGGGCCCUCCACCUGUGCCUUCAUAGGUGGAGAGGUCAAGUGGAGGGCCUUACCUGGGGCCCUCCAAUUGGGGUCCUCCACCUGGGCCUCCACCUGGGGCCCUCCACCUGGGGCCCUGUACCUAGGCCUCCACCUGGGCCUCCACCUGGGGCCCUCCAUCUGGGGCCCUCCACCUGGGGCCCCCCACCUAGGCCUCCACCUAGACCUCCACCUGGGGCCCUCCACCUGGGGCCCCCCACCUGGGCCUCCACCUAGGCCUCCACCUGGGGCCCUCCACCAGGGGCCCUCCACCUGGGCCUCCACCUGGGGCCCUCCACCUGGGGCCCUCUACCUAGGCCUCCACCUGGGCCUCCACCUGGGGCCCUCCAUCUGGGGCCCUCCACCUGGGCCCCCCACCUAG